AUGCUGUUAGCCCUGCAAAGAUACGAGUUAAGAAUUGUCUACAAGCCUGGCAAAGAGUUGUUCAUUGCUGAUGCCCUAAGCAGAAAUUAUCUAGAAGAGACUAAAGAAACACUGGUACAAGAACUCGAAGUAAACGAAGUCCACCUUACAGCCCACUUACCAAUAUCACCUGAAAAGUACCAAGAAUUCCAGAAAGCCACUGCUGAUGUUGUUGUAAUGCAAGCAGUGCACGAUGCAGUUCUCGAGGGAUGGCCAAAGAACACAGCUAAUGCACAAGCAGAGAUCAAGCCGUAUUGGACAU